AUGGGUGCCUCGGUCAAAGCUGCAGACACUGGAUCAGUGGGUGGCAAUUAUUCAGCCCCGACCCUGAAUGUGCCAUAUAACGUAUGGAGCCCAGAGGCAGGCCUGCUGGAAAAGCUGGUGAUGAACCUGGUCCCUGCCCACCAGAAAGGUGAUCUCUUUUUUAUUCAAAGCUUCCUACACAGCUACAGAAAGUGUGGGACGAUGGACCAAGUGCUGGCUAUUCUGUUCAAAAAGUACAGAUCCCUCCGCCCUCACUGUGAGGAAGAUGAACAAAUGAAGAAUGCCCUUUGUUCCUUCUUCACUAUGUGGAUGGAUUGCUACCCUGAUGAUUUCUGUGAACGCAAGAACCGAGACAGCCUGAAUGACCUCAUGUAUUACAUCAUGCUCAACAUGCCCUCCUCGGACCUGCUCCUCCGCUUACAGGUUCUUCUUGACCAGCUGGAGGAACCUGUGACCAAGAAGACCAAGAAAAAGAGGAAGAAGGCCACGUGUAGAUGCCUGAUAACUUGUUUUGGCCGCUGUAGAGCAGCUUCUCCUGAACGGGAGAUACAGAACCAAUCAGUGAUGUCAGCAAUGGUGACUGAUGGGGUUCUGGAGCCAUCACCAGACUCCAGCAACCGUGUGAAUAUCCAGCGCUUUGUGCCUUUCGCAGUGAGGCCCAAAGAGAUUUUGAAUCCUGUGGACACCCCCCUUGUUGUGAACCCCACAUGUGACACAGGUGAACCUGCAGGUAUCCCUGAGGAGGAUGAAGAUCCAGAAUUUCUUCCUCUGACGUUCACAGUCCACCUAGAUCGGCUCCAAAGGAGUCAAACCAACACACCGCAGGAUCAACUAACACUGAUGGGGUUAUUGGAAAAUGUCCCUAGUCUAAGUUCAGGAGAACCACUAAAUGAGGUCCAAAAGUUAGAUUCAGUCAAGGAAAGUGAAUUCGGCCUUACAGAAUAUCCAGACAAAUCUGUCCUGUUGCAGGAAAACCAAUCUCCAAUUGAGAAAUUAGAAUCUGCUCUUCCCUCAACUCAGGAAGAAAAUCCUGUCUUUCCUGAAGAGGUAGAUCACUUUGAGGACCCUCACCUAGAAUUUCUUCCUGAAGGCAACUUAGAGUCUGAUCAGGACUUAGAGCUUCCCUCCCCGCUUUUUGGGAAAAUCUCUAUAUUUCUUUUUGUUGUGAUGGUUGUAAAAUGGUCAUUCUAUUUAUUCUUCUAA